AUGCAUAUCAUUUUUAAAGACAUGCCAUUCGUGCGUACGUUUGUCGAUGAUAUAGUGAUCUUUUCCUCCGAUAUGGAUACACAUCGUGAACACGUGCAACAAGCUAUACAUGCGUUGACAGCUGCAAACCUUAUUAUUAAUCCAAACAAAUGCCACUUUGCCCAAAAGAGCAUAUACCUACUAGGCUUUUGCAUCAGUCACAAUGGUAUUAAACUCGAUCCUCGUAAGGUCUCAAAUGCCUUGACGUGGCCUAUACCACAAUGUGGCAAGGACAUUCAAAGGUUCAUGGGCAUCGUUAACUACUUUAGGAGUCACAUCCCUAAUGUAUCCCAAACAAGCUCUCCCCUUGAAGCUCUACGUGAAAAAGGGUCCUUGAGAGGUUACUGGACUCGUGACCAUACGUUGCGCUUUAAUAACCUGAAAGAAGCCUUAGCUGCUAAUGUCCCCUUGAAGUAUCCCGAUUUGAAUGAGCCUUUUUAUGUCGCCACAGAUGCCUCUAAUUAUGGCAUUGGAGCGGUUCUCUUUCAAAUGAAGGAUAACAAGGCACAAUACGUUGGCUUCAUGGCACGCUCACUAAGCAAAUCUGAGCGCAACUACUCAACAACAAAGAGGGAGUUACUUGCUGUUAUUUAUGCUCUCGACAAAUUCCAUCAAUUUCUUUGGGAAAUCCAUUGCCAAUCCAAUGAUGUUCAAUUGGUUCGAUACCAUCCUUAG